ACCUCUCCCGUAAUGCACGUUGAUUCACGACCCCAGCUGUGCGGAGCGAGUUAAUAUUCUACCCGGGAGAAGAGGGCGAAGAGCUCUGUCAUUGGUCGGCCGUUUAUUGGCUACACUGUUUCCCUGCAAGCUCGCCAACCCCACCGAGGCUCUUAUGUUUGUAACCUUCUUAUUUAUUACUAACAGAGCUGGUAUAUGAUAUUCACCGUUAUAAUGCAUCUUCCCUGCCUGUUUCCAGUCUGAAUUGGAGUUCUACGCGACGCAGUUGGAUGGUAGAAAACUAUUCACCGGGAAUGCUCGAUUGUGCAUCCACUGUCCGAUAUUAUUUUCUUAUCUACCUUCCCCUCUCAAGAGGCAACGCACUUUUGAGGAGUAUAUCAACUAUUAUCGACUUGUAUCAUUUACCGACAGGAGUGAUAUUGAACUACAUUCGCAACGUUUAUCGAGAUGAGAUCACUCGAGAGAGCAUCUGUAGAUUGAACAAGAGCUAAACUUGUGUAAAAAGCUCAUGGUUAACGGUUUAUCCGUAUCGUUUACAUUUUCAUUGAAGUCGGUGGCUCUUGAUGUUCUCAUUUGAAUGAGUUUGUUGUAUGCUUGAGCGGAUUACGCUGGAUAAAAAAAAGCUGACGGUCUUCAUUCAUCUCGCUCCAUUCGAUCAGUGUGUGCGCAACAAGCAAACCAGACAGACGUGUGAUCAGCAAACGGCGCUAAAACAAAUUUUCAAGUUUUUCCCUUCUACCUCUCAAACUCUGCCCAGUAUCAGACUCCACUAAAUAUUGCGUGCAGUGGGAGGAAAAGAAGGAGGAGGGAGGAUUCCAACUGAUGCCUGCCAGGAUUUGUGAGCGUCGAGACCUUGUAACAAGGAACACGUGUGAAAUAGGAGCGGGAUCAACUGUAAAGUGAUACGCCGAGUGGCGUGUAGAAAACAUCGAAGGUGAAACCCCAAUUUGAGGAAACGUAAAGCAGACAUGAGACUGGAGUUUCAUCAUAGUCUAUACCAAGGGUUGUGAAAUGAGCUCCAAGUAACUUAUCAUUGCGGUGAAUGAACUGGGAUUGAUUAUUAACACUUAAAUGUCAUCUCAUGUUACUUGGAGAAUAGUUUGGAUGUCUGAGGGAAGAUAUUUGAUGUUCUGAUGUGGAAAUUAAUCGGUUGUCAUGGCAACGUGGAACAUCAUCCUUUCCAUUUUUGUGUUGUGGGGCUGGUGUAGUGGCAGCUAUGGACUCGGAGUGCAUCACGCGAAGAAACAGGGACAUUGUGAGAGGAUAACCAUUGAUUUCUGCCAAGGCAUUGGGUAUAACAUGACCAAGAUGCCCAACCUAUUUGGACAUGUAACGCAGAGUGAAGCAGCGCCGAGCAUCCACGAGUUCCGUCCCCUGGUCGUCGUCGGUUGCGCCGAGCAUCUUCGUCUCUUUCUCUGCUCGAUGUACGCCCCUAUGUGCUCUGAGCACAUCGAUGUCCGGAUCCCAUCUUGCCAGAGUAUGUGUGAAGAUGUGAGAAGGAAAUGCGAGCCAGUGAUGGCCCGUUUUAGUUUCGGCUGGCCCGAGAGUAUGAACUGCGACAAGCUUCCUCGAGGGAAAGACCUGUGCAUGGUUGCCCCCGACACCGCUGAUGUCGGAGAAGUCAUUCCGACCUACGAUCCCAUCUACAACAACGGAGGGGGGCCUGAUGAUAACAACCAAUCUGGUCCGCCUGAAGAUGGUGAGAGGGGAUCGAAUGAGACGUCAUUGGCACCGCCGACUUGCAUCAAUCCUAAGAAAUUUGUCUUCGUGUCGCAAACGAACUCCUGUGCGCCGAGGUGCGACGUCGACGUCUAUUUCCAACGAUCCGACAAGGAAUUUACAGAGAUGUGGAUGGGUGUCUGGGCAAUCCUCUGUUUCGUCUGCACCUCCAUCACCGUCCUCACUUUUCUGAUAGAUCGUGGUCGUUUUAAGUACCCAGAAAGACCUAUCAUCUUCUUAUCUAUGUGCUACAACAUCUAUUCCAUCACAUACAUUGUUCGACUUAUUGUUGGCCCACAGGCCGUUGCUUGUGAGAAGACGUCAAGCGGCGUUCCAUACUUGAUCCAAGAGGGUCUUGACAGCACUGGAUGUACCAUCGUGUUCCUGUUCCAGUACUACUUCUUCAUGGCCUCGUCGAUUUGGUGGGUGAUUCUGACGUUGACGUGGUUCUUGGCAGCUGGGAUGAAAUGGGGUUAUGAAGCCAUAGCAGCAUACAGUAGCUACUACCACGUUGUUGCUUGGGCAUUGCCAGCUUUAAAGGCCGUCAUCGCCCUCUUCAAACGUCGCCUCGACGCCGACGAGCUGACUGGAAUGUGUUACAUUGGAAACCACGACCCCGAUGUUCUUACAUACUACGUUCUCGUCCCGCUUUUUAUUUAUUUCGCAAUCGGGACCCUUUUCAUUCUUGCUGGAUUUUUCUACCUAUUUAGGAUUCGCAAAGUCAUGAAAAAUGGCGGCACCAAUAUUGACAAGCUAGAGAGGUUAAUGGUUCGUAUUGGGAUCUUUUCAGUACUCUACACAGUGCCUGCUACUGCAGUGAUUGCUUGUUAUUUCUAUCAGAGAUCGAACAUGGAUUACUGGAGGAUUGUAGCAGAACACGCCCCUUGCCAGCCCCUUCCACCAGAACAAGGAGGGGGUUGUGCCCCCAUGAAUUAUUCCAUCCCAUCCGUCCCCGUUUUAUCAGUGAAACUCUUCAUGUUACUUGUGGUGGGCAUCACGAGUGGUAUGUGGAUUUGGAGUUCAAAAACCGUGCAAUCGUGGCAGAAAUGGCUCGGCGGAUGUGCCCUUUUUAAACCAGCACAGAAAUCAUCAUUUCAACAGCAGCAGUUAAAGCAGCAACAGCAGCAGCAGUAUCCAAAUGGGGGAACGCCGAACAAAGGGAACAGGGCCCCGACGCCCCGGGGGAAGUAUCCAACAAUAAAUGGCAACAACAGAAGCACUGGGAUCGUUUACAGUUCUGUGAACGCAAGCAGUGCCAUUGUAUGACGCUUGAAAGGGAUAUGUACUCCAAAGAGUUUUUCCUUCAUUUUUAAAGAGAGAUUAAAUGUAUAUUGUGUUCACAAACGGCUAUUAAACCAUCGAGAGGUUUUUCUUUCGACAACGGUCACAUGUUAUUAUUCCCGACGUCGACCCUCUCUUUGGUUCACCCUGUAAAUCUAAACAAGACAUCUCGUUUUUAUAGCUUCUUGUAAUGUAAUUACAUCGAGUCUGUAUUGUAGGAUGUGUUUUGUACCGAUUUGCAUGCAAAGUGGGACAGUUUUGUUACAUUGUAUAAAUAAGUUUCGAAUAUGUAUCAUUUGCAAUGAAAUGAGUUUGUCAUUGGCGUGGCGUCCACUAUAGCGUUCUUGAGAUAGUAAUUAUCUUACUAUACAAUUUUGUUGAUGUUGCUAGAGAAAAUUGUUAUGAAAUGGCAUUGGUUCCUAGCUCAAUUCCCCUUCCAUUAUCAAUGUACGUUUGUCAAUCUCCCAAAUAUACACUUUUUAUUUCGUGAUGUUUAUAUCUUCCAUUUUCUGGGAAUUACUGGUUUGAUAUUCUGUUGAGCUAAUGUAAUGGACAUUGGGGAAUGAAUAGUGCGCAGUAUUAAAUUCAUACGAAAUAUUAUGUUUAUCAUAUCAAAACAUCCCCAAAUUAGCAAUGCCUCUUUAAAAUUUGCCCCCACUUUUCCCUUUAAUUUGAGGUGAUGGUCUCUGACUGAGGCAUUGGAAUUAUUCUGUUUUAUCAUCCCCCUAAUCCGCCACAUCCAAUCAGAAUGAUCAACUUAAUUCAAGGCUUUCAAUAGAAUCGAUUGAGAAAGCUGGUCGAAUUGAUUUCAUACCCCAGCGACCCCCGUUCACGCCUAGCCUGAUCCCUCCAACCCCCAAUACCACCACCACUUGACAAUGACAUUGGUAUAACCGGAUUUCACACUCGGGCCACCUGUACGCGUUAGCAGAGACACUCCACGAUUCUUAUCCCGCUGCGAUUUUUAUCAACAUUGGCUCUUUCACAGAGUUUCGGCAACAAUGGCGUCAUUGGCGUGCGCCCCUUGGGGUCCUUGUUUAUUUAUUUCAAUUCCAUAAUUUUCCCUUUACCCCCACUUCUUUAAUUUUCCUCACUUUUUGUCAUUCAUGCUUUGGAGGAAGUUUCCGCCCAAGUAGACGAGAAGAAAAUGUUCUUUAAGAAUCGAAUCAACUCGUCAGGAUGGAUGCAAGUCAGCAUCACUGAUUGAAUAUUAUUCGAUUGGAUUAGCUUUGACCCUUUUAAUUUCUGAAAAGGUUCUCUCUUCCCUGCUGCCGUGUAAUAAACAAAAACAGUGCUGGGGGUAUCAUGCAAUAUUACUAAAUAUCUCACACCUCGACUGCGAUAUUUCAUUAUAUUCACUGGCAGGAGAGGCAAGGUACAUUACACAAACAUAGUUCACCUACCGGAUCAAUCCGAAUAUCUGGUUAUUAAUCAUUGAUCAGUUCGUUCGGUCAAUUUCGUUAUCGAGAGCCCCCUACCGCAUCAUAAAACGACAAAGGCGUCCGCCGAUGAGAGAAAAAAAAUCAAUGAAUAAUUGCUAGUUUGUCCAUUAGCAAUUUGUAUACACUCAUGGGGCGGCAGCCUUUGUAUUUAACAUGUUUGUAGCAAGUACAAAGAACCGAUAACGAAUAAUAAAUUGCCCGUUAUUCGUUUGUUGGCAGCUCUUAUAAAAACACGAUAUGAUAUUGAAAUGAUUAAGAAAUGAAUUUAGCAAGUAUUUAUGGCAUUUCAUGACAGUAAUGUUAGCAUGGUAGCCUAUGUUAACCAUGAAUGUUUCGUUGUUUAUUAGUUAGUUAUGCCGCUUUUUCUAUAAGGAAGGGCAGAAAUAACCUUUAUUUAAUAAAGUUAUUUCUCCCAAAUUCAUAUAUCCUGAACACAACACGUGAAAAUGCAGUAUUCCCUAGAAAAGUGUAUAUGGAUUAUUUCAUUUGAAACAGCUUUUUUGGCUUCAUUCAUACCUUCAAAUUAAUAUGGUAAUAUAUAUUGCAUUCUAAAGUGCUAUGUAUACCACCAUCAUAAAUUCAACAA